AUGCAGGCUAGCAAGAAACAAGUUCACUUCAGCAUUUCCAGGCAGAUCAGGCGACAGACCCCGGAUAUCUUGCAGGAAACUGGCUGGGAUUGCCACGGUAACCAUCUGCCCUUCCUUGCUCAGAGGAACAAUCUUAACAAGAGUGUCCUCCAUGCAGUUACCUGUCAUGAAAAAGUGGUGAUUGUCCAAAAAGAUAAUGCAGAGUCCCUGGGAAUGACUGUGGCAGGAGGUCCAUCCUCCCAUAGGGAAUGGGAUUUGCCUAUCUAUGUCUUAAGUGUUGAACUGGGUGGAGUUAUCAACAGAGAUGGCCGAAUAAAAACAGGAGAUAUUCUGAUCAGCGUGAAUGGAAUUGAUCUGACAGGUGUCAGCCGUGAAGAGGCAGUAGCCCAUUUGAAAAAUGUCUGCUCAUCAGUUGUGUUCAAAGCACUAGAACUGAAAGCAUGUGAGACCAUGGAAGGAGAAAAUGGGGAUCUAUUGCGUGAUGCCAAUUUGAACCCAUCCAGUCAGAGUGAGUGGUCUCCCUCCUGGGUGAUGUGGCUUGAAUUACCGAGGUCUUUGUACAGCUGCAAAGAAAUUGUAUUGCGAAGAAACACAGCAGGAAGUCUUGGCUUCAGUAUAGUGGGAGGUUAUGAAGAAAACAGUGGAAACAAACCAUUCUUUAUCAAAUCCAUUGUCGAAGGGACCCCAGCAUAUAAUGAUGGAAGAAUGAGGUGUGGUGACAUCCUCCUUGCAGUGAAUGGCAGGAACAUCUCAGGAAUGGUGCAUGCCUGUUUGGCAAGAAUGCUAAAAGAACUGAAGGGGAAACUUACUCUCACCAUUGUAUCUUGGCCUGGCACCUUUUUAUAAAGAUGGAUUUCAACUGGAAGCAAAUGCAUCACUCACCCAGCCACUUCCCGUGUACUUGUUUAAAAAAAAAGUAGUGAAGUAUAAAUGUGCAUUACAUAAGCAGAAGUCUUAAAAAUGCCCCAUGGUAUGUGUUUGAGAAAAACAUGCUCUCUUCAACUAUGGAAAGCUACUGAUGUAAAUCAAGGUACACAACUUACUGCAUUAUGUUUCAUGUUUGUAUUUUUAUAUCUAUGUUUCACCUGCCCUUUAUAUAAAGAAGGAAAUGACUUUACCUAAUUUGAAAGUGGUUUCAAAAUCCUUGAAGUGAUAUAAUACUUUUCUAAUGAUUACAAUGACAGCAUCUAUGCAAGACAUAGAAGGCUGUCUGAUGAAUCUAUUAAAUUCCUUUUUGUGCUCAGUAAAAGACAGUUUUUUUAAAGUUUUCUUCCUAAUAUAUUAUAAUUGUGUAUUUUAUUUCUACUAUUCAAUUAAUUGUAAUUUGUAAAGCCAGAUUAAUUUAAUUAAAAAAGGACAAAAAUACUCAUUUGCAUGAAACUUUCUACUUCAUGGAAUCAACCAUUUCAUUUGAGUGUUCUGUUUUACUCAGUUUUCAUCCUUCCAUUCUGUGUUGGGCUCUUAUAAAUCAGCAUCCUAACAACAAGAAUAAGGUGCAGUAACUCACCUGGAUAAGCAAAGAAUAAAGCAAGAAACUGCCUGAUUUAUCUGCACUGAACUACCAACAAAAAGGCCAGUCUGAUCUAACACAGGAGAGCAUCACAUCUGGAUGCUAUUGACACACUAAAGAAUACUAGCCAAGAUAUGCUAAUUUUUAUUAUAGUUAUUGUAUAAGCAAAGGAAAAGCAAGUUUGUCAUAUGGAACUCUGCCUUUUAAAUAAGAAACUAUAUACAUUUAUUUAUCUGAAGGGCUAAACAAAAUUCAUCCUUCAGAGAACUGACUGUUGAGUGCCCGGAAUAACUGCAACGUGUGAAAUAAUUAUUUUAUAUGGGAAGCCUUUGUAUUAGUUCUGCAUUUUCCUCUUUGAUGAUCUUGGAU